UGUUCAGGUCCAGGCGCUUGCGACUUGGUGCAAAACAGUGAUGAGAAAUCACACGGCAAUAACAACAUUCAUCCUGCUGGGGUUGACAAAUGACCCAAAACUACAAGUUCUAAUUUUCCUAUUUUUGUUUCUCACCUACAUGUUGAGUGUGACUGGGAAUCUCACCAUUAUCUCCCUCACACUUUUGGAUCCCCAUCUUAAAAUGCCCAUGUACUUUUUUCUCCGAAAUUUCUCUUUCUUAGAAGUCUCAUUCACAACGGUUUGUAUUCCCAGAUUCCUGUACAUGUUAGCUACAGGAGAUAAUACUGUUACUUACAAUGCCUGUGCCACACAAUUGUUUUUUGUUGUCCUCUUUGGAGCAACAGAAUUUUUUCUCCUUGCCGCCAUGUCCUAUGACCGCUAUGUGGCCAUCUGCAAGCCCCUGCACUAUACCACUAUCAUGAACAACAGAGUGUGCAGCACCCUCGUUCUCUUCUGUUGGCUUGCUGGCCUGCUGAUCAUUCUCCCCCCUCUUGGCAUAGGCCUGCAGCUGGAGUUCUGUGACUCCAAUGUGAUUGACCAUUUGGGCUGUGAUGCCUCUCCCAUUCUGCAGAUAACCUGUUCAGACACAGUGUUUAUAGAGAAAAUUGUCUUGGCUUUUGCCGUACUGACACUCAUUUUUACGUUAGUGUGUGUCAUUCUGUCCUACACAUACAUUAUCAAGACCAUUCUCAAGUUUCCUUCAGUCCAGCAAAGGAAAAAAGCCUUUUCCACCUGCUCUUCUCACAUGAUCGUCGUUUCCAUCACCUAUGGCAGCUGCAUCUUCAUCUACAUCAAACCAUCUGCAAAGGAAGGAGUGGCCAUCAAUAAAGUGGUGUCUGUGCUCACAACAUCAGUCGCCCCUCUGCUUAACCCAUUCAUUUACACACUUCGAAAUAAACAAGUCAAAGAAGCUUUCAAAGACACAGUAAAACGAAUCAUAUUUCUUACAAAGAAGUAAGAGUCUUCUAUUGUUGUUUUUCAGGCUAGCUUAAAUUUAAUCUAAAUAACCACAAG